AUCCGAAGCGUUGCGUCGUAAUUUCAAACGGGUGCGAAUCUAUUUACACAACGAGUCGUAAGCUAAUGUUUAGCGAUUUGUUUUUAUAUACAUUCAUUUGAGUAAGUAAGUUACAGUUUACAGAUGCUACAGUAACCUCGCUCGUUUCUGCAGGUAACGUUAACAAUGAAAGCGGUCAUAUAGGUGUUAAUACAUCCCUAAACUUUUCAAUGAGUUCUCACAUCGUAACCCCAGGUCCGUACAGGGCCACUAAACUGUGGAAUGAAGUGACAAAGUUGUUUCGGGCAGGGAUGCCCUUGAAGAAACACAGGCAGCACUUCAGAGUUUACGUGAACUGCUUCAGUGCAUCAGCCGCUGUGGACUGGCUACAUGAACUCCUGAAAAGCAACAGCAAUUUUGGACCAGAGGUCACCAGACAACAAACUGUCCAGCUGAUGAAAAAGUUCUUGAAGAACCAUGUUAUUGAGGAUGUGAAAGGUCGAUGGGGCAUGGAGGACCUGGAAGACAACAGCCAGCUUUACAGAUUCCCAUCAACAUCCCCACUGAAGCCUAUUCCCACCUGCUCCCCUGUUAAGAGGAAAAAGAGCAUAUCUAUGAUGGACAGGGAGGGUUUUUUCAAAUUCAGGAGCUCUAAGAAGUUUGACAAAGAAGUUUUGGAAAAUGUGGAUCCAGAAAUGCAAGAUUUUCCUGUAGAAUCUGCCUCUGCUGAGGCGGAGCGCUGUAGGGAACUCGCAGAGGAAGACAUUCAAGUGAUCUGGAAGAAUGUGACACUUACACAUUUGCAGAAGUUGUUGGGAUCCUGGUGUCUUGAAGAUGUUUUGGAUCCUUCCCAAGUCAACCCUCAGUUCAUUGUACAUAAUAUGACCAAAGUCAAUAAACAUGGAGUUGUUUCCUUGGAGGACAAAACAGAGGAUUUGCCACACUGGGUUUUGUCUGCCAUGAAAUGUCUUGCAAACUGGCCAAAGUAUGACUCAAACCAGCCAUCGUACCCGGGCUUUGAGCGAGAUGUGUUCAAAACGGUCUCCGGCUAUUUCUACAGUCUGUCUCAGCCACUGCUUACUUAUCAGUACUAUGAACUCUUUGUCAACAUCUUGGUUAUGUGUGGCUACAUCAAGGCUCCUAAAAGUCAGUGUGGGAAGCGUAAAAACCAGGAGGAACCGACCUGCCCGCAACCAGCCAAAACCCUUCAUCUGAACGCUACCAACCUGUUCAAAUCAACCGAAUGCUUACUCAUGAGCUUACUAAGAAAGGAAGCCUAUGAUGAAGUAGAUUCUCCCAUGAAUGAAGUGUUUAGUUUUAAAGCAGAGACUCAGUUAGAAGCUCAUAAAGCACAACAGCCCGUUUUUAGAGGUAGAAGGGUCAGCGCUGGAGAUGGACUGGAAGGCAGCUAUCUAGAAGCUCCAGCCUGCAGGCUGCGAUCCAGAAGUUGCUCUUUGGAGGGAAUCGUAGAUAACUCUGCAGAUUUCUGUUUCAAGAACAAACUGUUCAGGUCAUCUGACAGUUUACAUUCUUGCGGGAGCGAUAAGUCGUUACCUCAGACAGAUUCUUUAGUAGAUUCAAACCUCAAAUAUGAGAUUCAGGGUUCUGCAGUAUAUAGAAACCCUUGUUCAAGUGUGGCUGAUCCAAAGAUCCAAAAUGUGCAAAUGUCCAGCAACAGGGCAAACUUCCCACUUCCAUCAGACCUCCGGCGAACAAACCAGAGACCCACUAAAGCCCGGCCCAGAAGCAUCGGUAAUUUGUUUGACAUUGAGGAGACCAAAGAAAUGUCUGCUAGCAGUUUUAGCAUCCACGCCCCUGUGGCUGAAAUUACCAUGAGACCGGACUGUUCCUCUAGCAUUGACCUUAGAGUUCCCGGUUUGCCUGUGAGUUUGCAUGGAAGCUGCAUGGAUGUUAGAGCAGGUCCGACCAUUAGCAGGCGCUGUCAGAGCUCUUUGGAUCUAAGCAAACCUGCACCCGCUCGGCCCCCUUUGGCCCCAUUAGCACGCCGGCUGAGUCCUGAGCAAAGUCUGUUGCAGCCAUCACUGGAGCGUGUGGCCAUCGAGGCUCUUCAGCUCUGCACAUUACUCCUGCCGCCCGCCAGUCGCCGCAAGCUGCAGCUACUCCUGCGAAUGAUCUCGCGCAUGAGUCAGAACGUGGACAUGCCACGACUGCAUGAUGUCAUUGGAACUCGCACACUGUUGGUGCAGACAUUCUCUCGAUGUGUUUUGAGUUGUGAGGAUGUGGAUGAUCUGGACGAGCUCUUGGCCACAAGGCUUUUAUCGUUUCUCAUGGAUCACCAUCAGGAGGUCAUGCAGGUGCCUCUGUACUUGCGCAGUGCCGUGGAAGAUCACAUCAGCUAUCUCAAAUCACUGACCACAUGGCCAGGCUCUGGCGUUGCCAUGCCGACGUACUCAUUCUGCAGGCAGAUUAGCACUCAAGAGUUUGAAGAGCAGAAGCUCUCCGUAUCCCAGGCAGCUUUAGCUGAUCUCCUGGAGAAUCUCAUCAAAGACAAGACCAUGUCUGUGAAAGAGAAGAAAAAGAAACUGAAACUGUUUCAGAAGGAAUAUCCUGACAUCUACUCGAGACGUUUCCCCACGACAGAAAGUGAAGCUCAGCUGUUUGCAGAUAAGCCAAAGAUAAAGCCGCCAAUGUUGUUAAACAUCAAAAAAGGCAAAACAUUCAGUAUUCGAAACUGAAGACCUCUUUGGGUGAUGUAUGUAUUUGGGAGACUGCUUGUGAGUUUUGAGAGUUGAUCUGAUGUGGUGGGAUGCCUGUAUGCUCUGUUUUUUACUUUUCUAAACUGACAUCAGAUCACCUCAGUUUGAAGUCUUUUAAGUUUCAUGUGGGUUUUGGCUCAGUGACUUUUAAUGAUUUUUUCAGCUAUCAUAGGUGUCAGACAGUUUUAAUGUUAUUUAUUUUGUUAUAAGUUAUUGGGAGUCAUAUUUGUAGUGUCACGGGGUUCAAAACUCAAAAGGCCCACGGCAAAUGCUAUGCAAAUAGUUUAGAUAUGCUCUAAAUAUUGAGCCUCUAUUAAACAAAAUGAAGUCCGAUUUUUUUUACAAUUACUGGUGUGACUUUUUUUAUAUUUGUUUUAUUUAGUUUCAUCUUUGUGUGUGUUUACAGAGUUCAGGUGCACAAAAAGUGCUACGUUUUAAUAUAAUCAUUUUCUAUGUGACAUGGGUGUUUUCUAUCUACUAAGCCUGUAUGGGCUAAUUUGCACAUUUUUCCAUCUCAGAUAUGCUAAAUUGUCAUCUUUAUGUACAUAAAUUCAGUGCUCAUUAUUCAUCAGAAUAUUUUGUUUCAUUGGAUCUUGCACUCUGUCUCUGUACUGAUUUAAAUGUUUAUAUUUGUAAUCCUCAAAUUUUAUGUUUACAUUCAUUUACUUUUUAUCAAUUUAUUAUAUGAGCCCAUAUGUUUUAACCCUGUUCUAUGCAAUAAACUGUUUUGAAAUGAGAA